AUGGAAGAAUAUAUGAGAUGGUGGUUGAAAGUGGUGUUGAUUAUGUUGAUAGUGAUGGUGUUUGGUGUGAAGAUUUUUGUGUUGUUAUGGUGGAAGCCAAGGAAGAUUGAAGAGCAUUUUGCCAAACAAGGCAUAAGGGGACCUCCUUAUUGCUUCUUUAUUGGAAAUGCUAAAGAGCUUGUGAGCUUAAUGGGGAAAGCUUCUUCUAAACCCAUGCCUUUUUCACACAAUAUCCUUCCUAGAGUCCUCUCUUUUUACCAUCAUUGGAAGAAAAUCUAUGGUCCAACGUUUUUAGUAUGGUUUGGACCCACAGUUCGAUUAACCGUCGCGGAACCGGACCUUAUUAGAGAAGUAUUCAGCUCGAAAGCGGAAUUCUACGAGAAAAACGAGGCUCACCCUCUGAUUAAACAGCUCGAAGGUGAUGGUCUCCUUAGUCUCAAGGGUGAAAAAUGGGCUCUCCAUAGAAAAAUCAUCACUCCCACCUUUCACAUGGAGAAUCUCAAAUUGCUAAUACCCAUGGCCACGAGUAGCGUGGUGAGAAUGUUGGAAAAAUGGUUGGACAUGUCGAAUUCCGAUGAGGUGGAGAUCGAAGUGUCCAAAUGGUACCAAAAUUUGACCGAGGAGACCGUGACGCGGACCGCAUUUGGUAGUAGCUACGAAGACGGAAAACGCAUUUUCCAAUUACAAGCUCAACAAAUGGUCUUGGCUUCUGAAGCGUUUCAAAAGGUCACUAUCCCGGGUUAUCGGUUUUUACCCACAAAAAGAAAUAGAGAAUCUUGGAGAUUAGAGAGGGAAAUCAAGAAAUCAUUGAUGAGGGUGAUUGAGAGGAGAAGAGAGAAUUGGGAUAAAGAAGGAAUGGAAAAUGGGCCCAAGGAUUUGCUUGGCCUCAUGAUUCAAGCCAGUACAAAAGAAUCACUUCACUCCUCGCCGGCGCCGGCGACGCCCCCCGCCAUCACGCCACGUGACAUCGCCGAGGAAUGCAAGAGCUUUUUCUUCGCCGGAGAACAGACCACCUCCAACCUGCUGACGUGGACGACGGUCUUGCUAGCUAUGCACCCACAGUGGCAGGUGAUAGCACGUGACGAGGUGUUGAAGGUGUGCGGACCACGUGACAUCCCCACCAAAGAUGAUGUUUCCAAGCUCAAGACGUUGACCAUGAUUCUCAACGAGUCCUUAAGGUUGUACCCUCCGAUAGUUGCAUCGAUUCGACGCGCAAAGGCCGAUGUGCAGUUGGGAGGAUGUAAGGUCCCAUGUGGGACCGAACUUCUUAUUCCAAUCUUGGCCGUUCAUCAUGAUCAAGCCAUAUGGGGCAAUGACGCUAAUGAAUUUAACCCGGCCCGGUUCUCAGAUGGUGUGGCGCGUGCAGCUAAGCAUCCUGUAUCAUUCAUCCCUUUUGGGAUCGGGGUCCGCACAUGCAUCGGGCAAAAUCUAGCCAUGUUACAAGCAAAAUUGACACUCGCGAUCAUAUUACAAAGAUUCUUGUUCCGAUUGUCCCCUAAGUAUCAACAUGCACCAACGGUUUUGAUGCUACUCUACCCGCAGUACGGUGCUCCGAUCAUCUUCAAAUCUCUAUCGUCCAGUUCUAGCACCAAAGAAGAUCAAGGGUUGUAAAUUGUCCUUACUAUACCUAUCAUAUGUGUGCGAGUGAAUCCCCUAUGCUUUCUAGUGGCCAAACCCCAUUUAAACACCAAAAAACAAAGAAUUCAUCAAAUACAACCAUCAUAUCAUCUGAUUCUACUGAUACGAUACAAUAAACAAAUUAAAUUGUUGUAAAUGACAAACUUGAUUAAGAUCAGUAUUGUGAUCAACAACCAAAGUGUCAUUUACAACAAUUUUAAUCGAUUUACUGCAUCGUAUCAGUAAAAUCGUAUAAUAUAAUGGUUGUGUGUUUUUGUUUUCUUGACAAGGGUGAAAAAGAGAAAGAAAAAGGUUUAAGCAUAAUAUUAGGAGAUGAGAUAAGUAGAAGUAUGGUUUUUUUAUUCCUACCCCAUUUCUUUACUAAAAUAGCAAAACUAACCCCUCAAGUUUAAAAAAUGCCAUGUAAUUGCCAAAAAAAUGUUUGGAUUUUGGGCAUGUAACUUUCAUCCUUGCUAGUUAGACAUCUCUCUUUCCCCCAUGUGUAUGUAAUGUACAUUUUGCUCAAUUCUAACAACAAUUUUGUAAAU